AUUUUUCAGAGAAUCCUGUACUGCAUUUGUGGCAUCAUUUGGUAGUGUCCUUAAUGUACUUCUGGUGACUUCCUAUAUUCCUGCUAGGACUAAACCCCUGUCUGCAACAAGCAGUGACCAGCAAAAAAUGUCAAAAGCCAGCAAUGUGUUUAACCUUGGUGAAAUUACUCGCUUGCUGAAAGUUCCAUGUGUUAUGAAGAUUUUCAUCAUAAAGACAGUUGCAGGACUUCCCACUGGUUUGUUCAUGGUUAUGUUCUCUGUCAUCUGCAUGAAUUUUUUUGGACUGAAGGCAGAACAUACUGGGUAUCUGAUGUCCUACUUUGGUGUAACUCAAAUGAUUAUUCAGGGCUUAGUGAUUGGAAGACUGACUCAAAGCUAUUCCGAUGAAACUCUGCUCCGGCUCUCUGUUGCUAUGAUCAGUGUUGUGGGACUAGCAAAGGUACUUAUGACCAGUAUCACCCAUUUCUGCAUCAUUGUUCUGCCUCUCAUGCUCUCCUUCUCCUUGUUAGCAGUGAUAUCUGACAGCAUGCUUACAAAGUCUGUUCCUGCGUCUGACACAGGAGCCAUGCUGGGAUUAUGUUCAUCAGUCCAUUCCCUAACACGCACUGUGGGCCCAACAAUUGGUGGAUUUUUAUACCAUAAUUAUGGAGUCCCAUCCUUUGGUUGUUUACAAUUCGGAGUCAAUUUCAUUUUGUUUUUGUAUUUAUUAAAAAACAAAUUAAAUCACAGGGAGAACAAGCAACCACAUUAAUCUGCAUUCCAAAAACUGUAUUGAUAAAUUUCAUGUGGUUAUAUUAUCUUGUCAUAGGUUACUUUUAUGACCACUGUAAGUAAUCUUACUAUAGGGUGACAGAAUGUCUAUAGCAAGGCAGCAAGUUUGCUAUAUUUUAAAUGAUGCUGUGUUGUAUACAUUUAACUCUUUAAUGAAAAUAUAAAUUUUAUUUAGAAAUUUA